CCGUGCGCGUCCGCGCGACCGCUACAAAACUGAAAGUAUUUCCGUGAUUUAACAGGUGUCUCACAGGUGUCUUAAUAGUAUCUGACGAUGUCUGCCAACGGCUGCCAAGAAACCGCUGAACACUCCGCUCUGCUCAGGCUGCUCUCUGCCCUGUUUUACGCCGGCAGUUCGUUUCUUAUCACGGUGGUGAAUAAAACUGUGCUGACGAGCUUCAGGUUUCCCUCCUACAUGUGUCUGGGAAUUGGCCAGAUGAUCACCACCCUUGUUGUCCUUUAUGCUGCCAAAAUGAGUAAAAGAGUCCAGUUUCAAGAUUUUGACAGAAGUAUUCUCUUAAAAAUUUUCCCUCUUCCUUUGCUGUAUUUUGGGAACCAUAUAACAGGACUGGCAAGCACAAAAAAACUCAGUUUACCAAUGUUUACAGUAUUGCGGAAAUUCACCAUAUUGAUGACAAUGAUCUUGGAAGUAUAUAUUCUAAGAAAAACAUUCCCUAAACGCCUUGUGUACAGUGUUAUGGCUAUAGUUUUUGGCGCCAUGAUUGCUGCAAGUUCUGACCUGGCCUUCGAUGUAGAGGGCUACACUUUCAUCCUGCUCAACGAUGCCUUCACUGCUGCCAGCAGCGUGUACACCAAGAAGAAACUUAGUACCGAGGGCCUUGGGACAUAUGGUGUCCUUUUUUACAAUGCACUGAUCAUUGUCAUCCCCACUGUGUUGGCAAGUGCAUUAACUGGAGAUUUUCACAAGGCAGUCACAUUUGAGGACUGGGUUGAAUUCCCUUUUGUUUUUUGUUUCCUCAUGUCCUGCUUCAUGGGGUUUGUGCUGAUGUAUUCCAUAGUCCUGUGCAGCUAUUAUAACUCAGCACUUACUACCACAGUAGUGGGGGCAAUAAAGAAUGUUGCAGUAGCCUAUAUUGGCAUCUUUGUGGGUGGAGACUACCUGUUCUCUUGGACAAACUUCCUAGGUCUCAGCAUUUGUAUGUCAGGUGGACUCAUGUACUCAUAUCUCACCUUUAACCACAAAUCUGGAAGUAACGCAGAAGCAGCUCAAGAGCUAAAGAUUCACACCACUGAAGAUUCUACAAGGAAGUACUCUGUAAUCUAAAGGGACAAUAUUUUAGCAUUCACCACUUGGUGGCGUUGUUUAGCUCCAUAUUGGAGCAUAGUAUUGCGUCUACACUUUUUAUUCUAUUUUUGUUUAUUUAAAAUUAAUUAAUUGAUUUCCAUGGAUGUCACUGGUGCUAUCUGUUUCACUCAACAUCUCAACCAAGACUGAAUGAAUUGACAAGUUCACAUAAUUCUGGGUCAGGUUCAGUGAAUGUUUAUUGAAUUAUAUAACAGUGUGGACAGCCUGUCAGAGAAAUCUUACCUUUUAACAUGUGUAAUAAAAUGUCUACCAAGCAAGCAGGAUCACUCUAAACAUGUCACGAACAUGAAAACUGCUGGAGGAUGUUAGCGGAGGGGAAAACUGAAACUAAAAUUCAACUUCAAAGCUCUCCGUAAAUUGUGCACACUCAAUUUUCUAAAAAACACAAUGUGUAUAUAUUAAAUGCCAUAAUCUUCUCAAACCACAAAAAGGACUAAGGGUUAGAAAUGCUUCAAAAUAUACUAUAAUUGGGUACAAAUAAAUCAUUUGGUGUUUUGAUUAUCAACAAUUCACUUGCCUUCCAGUUUCACCGUAACUCCAUAAGGGUCAUUUGUAAAUCAAACAUAUUCAAACAUCACAGCUAGAGUGACAGAGUGACAGGUUGUUGGUGCGAAUUUCCCAAAACAACCAGACCAGGGCAGCUAUGAGAGGCAUCAUACAGUGUUGAGGGAUGUAGUGUUGCUUAAAAACUUAAAAAAACAAAACAUAAAAACACCCAGCACUACAAAAAUCAGUUUAUCAAAAACAGGUGCCAUUUUUCUGGACACAUACAACAAAGCUAAUCUUAAAUGCAUU